AUGGAGUACCCAAUGAUGGAAGCUAACUCAAUUACCUCAGGAAUUAAGAGAAAUGUGAAAGACAGAAGAAUUUCAAAGACUAAGUUGAACGUUUCUCUUGCUUCAAAAAUCAAAACAAAAAUAAUCAACAAUUCUAGUAUUUUUAAAAUUUCUCUAAAGCACAACAAUAGAGCAUUAGCUCAAGCUCUUAGUAGAGAAAAAGAGAAUUCUAGAAGAAUUACAACUGAAAAGAUGCUGUUGCAAAAAGAAGUGGAGAAACUGAAUUUUGAGAAUGCAUUUCUCCGUCUAAAGCUAAAUAACUUGAAUAAGAAGCUUAUUGAAAUAGAAUCACUCAUGAACAAUAACUUAAUAACUGCAAUUGAAAUGAGCAGUCUUUCUGAGUUCCAUCAAAAUUCUUUUCUACUGCCAGCUAGCAAGAAGAAAUGGAUUAGUAAACAGUGCAAGUCCAUACGUCUUCCAUUUGCAAGGGUUCCAUUAAGUUUGAAUGAUGAUGAUGAUGAUAAAGAGAAAAUGCAGAAUGAUGACAAAAUUGUAUCAAAAGCAUCACCUGAUAUUCUCUCUUCAGUAUCAACAGGACAAACUUUAUCAACUCAGUGUAAUUUGGAUGUGUCAUUCCAUAAAGAAAAUAAUCAGAAUGUGAAUGAUUUAGAUCAUUCAGAAGAUAUUUCUUCCAUUGUUGAUGUACUUCCCAAAGAAAGCUGUUCUCACUCAGAUCAGCAUUCUAAGAGUUUACUAGUGAGUGAGAUGAGAAAUGCCCCAUUUGUCAGCCACAGAAAGGAGAAACCAUCUCUUACUAAUGUGGACAAAAGGAAGAAGUGUGGGUCAUCUUGGGAGUCUCCUGAAGACACUCCCUGUGUGACAGAUUUAGAUCAGCAACAGAUUUUAAGUCCAGAACUAAAGUGGAAUAAUGAGAUAAAUGAUUAUACUAAUGAAAAAAAUAUUACAAUACAAAGAAAUAGACAAUGCCUUCCUGACAUAUCUUCGGAGUUUGCCAGCAAACCUAGUGCAGAAUGCAUGAGUUCAGUUAAGAAUAAUGAUGACCUUCAGGAGCAGAAAACUGUGUAUGAUGAUGACAUGGAUUUAACUGCUAGUGAAAUAAGCAAAAUUAUUACAGUUUCAAGAGGCACUAAAAAUAAAAGUAAUAUAAAACCAAAUGAUUGUGGAAAAAAAACUUUCAGAAAAGUAAAAGAUUCACGCUCUGAUAAAAAGAGAGAAAGAUCAAAGAAAAAAUGCAAAAAGAGUUCAGAUGUAGAUGUUGAGGAAAGGAUUGAAAAUAGACCAGAAAAGUCUGUUGUCCUAGACGGCAAAAGGGAUUCAGAGGAUCCAAAUUUUAUUUGCAAUACUGAACACCUGAUACAGGCAAACAUAGUGAAGAAAACAACCCUUCAGAAUAGCUUUGAUCAAGAUGAUGGACAAAAUACACACUAUAAUGAAAAGGAGAGAGGAAUGCAUGUAACAAAUGAGCAUAAAUUUCUACAGGACAGCAAAUUGGAUAUGGGUCAAGAUUCUCUAACUUAUAAUAAAAGUCAAGCUUCUACACAGACAUUUGUGAUGCACAAAUUGGAAAAAGAUAACUUAUUCCUAGACCAAAAGAAUAAAGAAACCAUUUCUGAAAACCUAGAAGUUGUAAAUAAAUUUCAAAGAGCUGAUAUUUCCUCCCAAAAUAAUGGAAAUUUUUGUGAUUAUGAGACCCAGAAUAUGUUGGACACUGAUAUGCAGCUUGCUCAGCAAAAUGGAUCAAAAAUAAAUAAUAAGCUUAGGCAAAAAGUAAAUAGGAAAACUGAAAUAAUUUCAGAAGWGAACCAAAUAUAUGAGGCUAAUGAUAAAGGUCUACAUGUCCCAGAAAAAGGUAACUUUUUUCCCCAAACCCAAGUGGUUAAAGAGACCUUUUCUGAAAACCUAGCAGUUUCAAAAGACUUUCAGAUACCUGCUCUUUUCAUGAAAGGUAAUGGAAACAUACAUGAUUAUGAGACCCAGAAUGUAUUGGGUUUGCAAAAGCAGAUCACCAGUGUGUACCCUGUUCAACAAAAUGAGUCAAAAGUUAAUAAGAAGCUUCGGCAGAAGAUAAUUCGGAGGACGGAAAUAAUUUCUGAAGUGAAUCAUUUUGAAAAUGACAAAAGUGUGCAUUGCCCAGAAAAAGGUGAUCCUUUCAUCCUACAAAAGGAUAAAGAAGCCAUUCCUGGAAACCUAAAAGACUCAAGUGAAUUUCAAACACCUGUUCUUUGUACCAAGAAGAGUAAAGAGCUAGGUGAGUAUGAAACUCAGAAUGUUCCUGGGAUGAGAAGGCAUAUCCAUGAUGUGCAACUUGCUUGUCAGAAUGAUUCAAAAGUAGACAGGAAGCUUAGACAAAAGGCACAUCGAAAGACAGAAAUAAUAUCUAAAGUCAACCAAAUAUGUGAGAAUGAUGACAAAGGUAUGCAUAACCUAGAAAAAGAUAACUUUGUUUCUUUAACCCCAAAGUAUAAAGAAACCAUUUCUGAAAACCUAGAAGUUGCAAAUGAAUUUCCAGCAGCUGAUUUUCCCACCAAAGAUAAUGGGAAUUUAUGUGACUAUGAGAUACAGAACGAUUUAGAUUUGAAAAAGCUUGUUGCUAAUAUGCAACUUGUUCAACAAAAUGAAUCAAAAAUAAAUAAGAAACGUAAGCAGAAAGUAAAUAGGAAGACUGAAAUAAUUUCUGAAGUGAACCAGUUAUAUGAGCCUAAUGAUAAGGAUGUGCAUGACCAAAAGAGCUAUACAGAAGAUCUUGAUUUGAAAGCAAAUAAAUCUAAACUUGAAUGUGAAGGUAUUAUCAGUGGACAUUAUAUGGAAAUCAACAAUAAUGAAAAGGAAAGUUGUAAUGAAAUUCCAGAUCUUUAUAAACUUGUUAACAAGCGUAAAACAAAAUCAUCAAGAGAUAAGAACAAAUCAAUUUGUCAGUUAACAGAUUCUUCACUGUCUAGUUUAAAACAUAGUACUAAUGAAGCAGAUUCUGAUCCUGGAAAACAGACUGAGCCACCUAAGAAUCACAAGCAAAGCACCAUAACUCUGAAUACAAAAAGAGAUGUCACUUUUGUGGAAGUGAUAAAAGAAAAGUGUGAGGUCAAAAAAGUAAAUAAAAGGACAUCCAAAUCAAAGAAAAGGAAGACCCUCGCAGAUCAUUCUUCAGGGACCAGUGAUGUAGUGGAGAUAAUACCUGACAUUGAUCACAGAAAGUCAUUUGACUCUGAACAAGCUAAUAAAGAAAACUAUUUGGAGAAAGAUAGUACUGUCAAAAUUAAGCCAUAUUUUCACACAAAUGUGUUUAAAUCUUUAGCUCAGAUGUAUUCCCCUAACAUACAAGAUUCUUCCUUUGACAAUGUUCGUGAAAGUUCAAUACCUUUGAGUAUUUCUUCCAGUAAAAACCUGAUGAUAAAAGAAACUUUUCCCUUGGAGAACUUAUCCAUCUUUCAAGUAAGCGAUGAUGUACAUGAGAAGAUAAAAGAAGUCAGCCAGCAAACAGGAAAAUCAGGAAGAGGUAGCAGAACAUUACAGGACUUGACAAAUACCAGUUUUGUUUCAAAUAACACUGCUAAAUCUAAAAAUGACUUAGAAGAUCUAUCUUUAGAGAUGCCAAGCAGAAGAAGGAGGUGUGCUCCUGCGAGUUUCAAAGAGCCAAAUCUCAAAAAAAAGAUGAGAAGAUAAGGUAAAUAUAUGGAUCCUAGUUUUCCAGAGUUCUCAAAGUAUAACAAGUCAGAAAAGAAAUAAAACAAGGAUCAAGAAGAUGAAACACUUGAGGAUAUAUUUUUUGUUUUA